GAAGCCCCCGCGCUCGCUAGACUUCCUCCGCCCCAACUGCUGUCGAAGGGCCUGCUUGGCUCCUGCGGGAGGGGGAACGGGCGAGAGGGGAAGAUUCGCCGCCGCUAUGAAGCUCCGAAUACGGAUGCAGAAGCAAACGGCUCCGCUGGAGUUGCCGGGGGCGGAGCCAACUUUGGGCGACCUGCGCGCGCACCUUUCCCAGAUCCUCUUGCCCACCUGGGGUUACAGUUCUGAUACCAAGUUUGCAAUAACUUUGAACAACAAAGACUCCCUUUCUGGAGACCAGGAAACCCUAGCAUCAUUUGGGAUCGUUUCUGGAGACUUAAUAUGUUUGAUAUUAGAACAUGCUGAUGAAACACAUUCGGCACCCUCCUCAUCCUUGCCUCUCCUGCAGAAUAAUCAUGAGCCAUCCAGUUCAGCUCUAUGCAACAGUCAAUCCACAAACCUGGUUAAUGAAGGACACAAUGGACAUUCAGGAGAUCAUAAAGUCCAAGAUGCCAUUCAAAUGAAUGAUAAUACGGCAGGAUCCAGCCAAGCAUUUGCUUCAGAGACUGUUCCAGAUGACCUUGACCUCCAAGAAGCUACAGGUUCUUAUCCUUCAGAGCCAAUGCUUUGUUGUGAGGCUACAGAUGGGCAAGUGCCACAUUCACUUCAGACCCUCUACCACUCUGCAGAAUGUACCAGCGCCAAUGAUGCCUUGAUAGUUCUGAUCCAUCUUAUCAUGAUGGAGACGGGAUACGUACCUCAAGGGACAGAAGCAAAGGCAACAUUAAUGCCUGAGAAAUGGAGGAACAGAGGUGUUUAUAAGCUGCAGUAUAGCCACCCCCUGUGUGAAAAUGGCUUUGCUGCCCUUACCUGUGUGCCUUUGGGGGAUCUUAUCGUUGUCAAUGCAAUGUUAAAGAUUGUUGGUGACAUCAAAAGUGUGAAGAGACUGCAGCUUCUGCCGUCAUCUUUUAUCUGUUUUCAGGACUCAGCAAAUGUUGUCGGAGUAUAUAAAGACCUUCAGAAGCUCUCUCGUCUCUUUAAAGAUCGGCUGGUGUACCCUCUUUUGGCUGCUGCCCGGCAAGCUUUGAACCUACCAGAUGUGUUUGGCUUGGUGGUGCUUCCACUGGAGCUGAAACUCCGGAUUUUCCGACUUCUGGAUGUCCGCUCCCUUAUCUCUUUGUCUGCUGUUUGCCAUGACCUCUACACUGCUUCAAAUGAUCAACUGCUGUGGAGAUUCAUAUACCUGCGAGACUUCAGAGAUCCUGUUGCCAGGUCUCGAGACACAGACUGGAAAGAACUGUACAAGAAAAAAUUGAAGCAGAAGAAGGAUGCCCUGAGGUGGAGGCACAUGAUGUUUCUGCCCCCUCCUCCCCUUCCCAUCCCAUUUCAUCCCAACCCACUAUAUCCCAAUCCUUUCCCACCAAAUCCCUUUUAUCCUCCAGCUAUCAUUGGUGGUGAAUUUGAUGAAAGGCCAGCACCUUCGUACAUUGGAGACCCAAUCCACUCCCUCUUCCCUGGCCCUGCGGACCUUCCAAGUCAGUAUCCUCCUCUUGGGCCACACUUUGAUCCAUUUGUACCAUUUCAGGAACCCAAUCCCACCCUCCCAGGAAGAGCCAGUCGAGGCCGCCCCAUUGAUAGCCGCCGUGCAUUCAUAUGACACCUCUUGUGACCUUGGCUUUAGGAUUUUAAACCUCCCUGUUCCUGGGCUUUCUUUGAAAAUGCAGGAUACUUCAGCUACAGGGCUCUGAUAUAUGCUUUUUAAAUCACGGCAAUGCAUAUAUUCUACGAUAUCUUGAUGCCAGGGACUUGGGCCCAGCAACUCAGUGCAAAUAGCCAGUGAUGCCUCCCUUAGGACUAGAGAUCCUUUCCAACGGAACUCUGUGGGACACUUUAUUCUUUUCAUUACCAUCUGCAAAUUGCUUUGUAGAAGGCAAAAGGUGGUUAGCCUUUGCUGCAUCAGAUAAAGAGCACUUUAAACACAA